AUGGUGUUCAGGCGUAGCUCCGCAGAGGAGCUCUUUCGAACUCUCGCGCAGAUUCCUCCCGUCGACGCUCACGGGAAACCAUCAUUUCUCCGCGUUUCAGAGACAUCCGUGAACAUUCACGAUAUUCUUGUAAAACAAGUGCUCGCAUCGGGAGGCAUUCACGAAUCGUCAUCGCGAUCUGACGACAUUGAUAACGACGGCGACGCGUCUUCUAGCAAAUGGCGGUUCCGGAAGCCGUCAACAACAUUUUCGGCAUUCCUCGCUCCCCGCGAGUUGCGCCAGCUCGCAGCAGCCGUCGGCUCGCUCGCCGGUCCGGAUCCUUCCAGCGGAGCCGCAGGCGGAGCUGCUGGCGGUACCACCAGCGCGAAAUCCCUCCGCAAGCACCAUGACGCCUCCGCCUCUUCCGCGCAUGUCUCCGCUCUCCCCGUGCUCAACCUCGCAUUGGAUUACCUGCAGGCCAUUCCCGACCUGCUUCUAACGCACGCGGGUUUCCCCGCCUGCCGCGCAAUGCUCGCUUGCUGUCGCUCCGGCGCUCUCCGCGCUUUCCUGGCGGAACUGCGCCGCUGCGCUUCGGCCGACUCGCGCGUCUUCGGCUCCCCCGUGGGGAAGGCGACAGCGGAGCUGCUGCUGGGCCUAGCGCGCUCGCACGACGUUUUCCUUGAAGCUUCCGCCAGCCCGUCGAGUCGCGACAGCGCCAGUUCGGACUCCGCGCUCACAGGCGGAACAGCCGCGCGCGCGUCCUCCGCGGGAGCGGACGUGCAGGCGGUAGUGGGGGAGGUGGUUCUGGCGCUAGCCCUGCACUGCAUCCCCGCGGGGCUCGCGGAAGCCGGCGGAACCGAUGCGCCAGGCGGGGACACGGCGGGCGACAGUGGCAUGAGCGGCGGAAGAGCCGGCUCCGCGUUGGCGGAAGCGCUGCAAGCCGUGUUCGACGCGUGGGUGAAGCCGCACGUGGGAGGGGGGAGCGGUGGCGCAGCGGGUUCCGCCGUCGCUCUGGGCAGAAGCAGCAGCAGCGGCGGAGGGGAAGGCGGGCUGGCGGGGGACGAUGCGGACGGGCGCAGACCCUCAGCCUCGAGCGAGCAGCUGACGUCGCUGCUGACGUCAGGAGCCGGAGCAGUGGGGGACGCGGGGCAUUUGCCUGGUGCGGAGGGGGCGGUGGAACUGGUGGGGGCUGUACCUGUGGGUCCGUGGCGGCUGCAGCUGCUGGCCGGCGCGUUUAGGGUAGCUGCGGCGGUGGUGGGAGGGGAGGAUGAUGGCGCACCUUCGGGGAAGCGCGGGGGGGCAGCAGGAGCCGCGGGGGAGAAGGCUCUGGAGAGUGUGGUUGGCCAAUACGUCGCUGCCACGUCAGCUCUGCUGUCGAAUUCGAUAAAGCUUUUGCAGGCCUGGGACUCGCAGCGUGCAUAUCCCCUCCCCACUCUCCUCCUGCGCCUGCCUCUGUGCCACCGACCUCUGCUGCUCCUUGGACUGAGGUGGUCCUGCUGCUGUGGUCCUGCCAAUCUGCGGAGGCAGGAGGCAGCAGGAAUGUCCUUGGCAGCUCGAGCAGAGGUCGCAGCUAGGCUGCACGCUGCUGAGUCAGCAGCGGCGUUUGCCACGUCAGCAGUGGAGGGAGGGCGGGCGUCGCUGCGGGUGGUGAAGGGCGUGAGGGCGCUCUGCCUGCAGGUGGCUGAUGCGUGCUCGCGAUCCGCUUGGCGCCAGAUCCCGGCAUGCGAGGAUCUCUUCUCCGCGGUCCUAUCAGCAGCCGCCAGGCUGGCAGUGCGGCAGAGCGAGGCGAGCGGGGCAGGGCGGGAGGACGCGGAGGCAGCAGCGCUGCAGGAGACACUCCUCCCCAUGCGCUCCCUCGUGCUCGCUGCCGCCAUGCAGAGCCCCAUCCCUGCUGCUUCCCCCACACCCACCCCCGCGCUCACUGCCAAGAAGCGCGCGCCGAUGGUGGCGAGUGUGGUGGGGGCGUGCAGCCUGCUGCUGCAGGCCACGUGGGCGUCGGGGGAUCACUCGCGAGUCAAGUCCUUCCUGCUCUCUCUUGGAUCGUACAUGCGCCAGCCGCCCUCCUCUCAGGACGAGCAGCAGCGCGCCAGCAUGGCGUGCCUGCGCUACAACCUCGCCCCCAUCCUAGUAGAGGUAGCAGCAGCGGCCAGGGGCGCCACAGCCGUGACAGCAGUAGUACCCCUCCUGCUGGAAGCAGUCAGAGCCCCCAAGGAGGACCCGGCUAUCCGCCACGAGGUGCUGCGCGCGCUGGCAGCAGCAGCGGUGGCGGCAGCAGGCAUGGGGCAGGAGGGGCCGUACCGCGAGGUGGCGGUGCUGCUGCUGUGGGAGUAUGGGCGGGAGGCGGGGGAGGUGCAGCCUCAGGUGGAGGUGCUGUCCUCGGUGCUGGCGCAACUGGCCUCGGGUCUCUCCCGCCCUUCCCUGAGAGACGACUUCUUGCGCCGCCUGCUUGCCACCUGCGCUGAGGUGGCCCUUGCCACAGAGGCGGAGGGGGGCAGCCGGGGAGCAGAGCUGCUGGGUCCCUUACUCCCAGCAGUGGCGGCGGCGUGUCGCCACGUGGAUCCUCUACACCGCCCAGUGGACCCGUCCCUGCAGCGCCUCUUCCGCAACCUCUGGUUCUACUGCGCUCUCUUCCGCCUCGCCCCGCCCCUCCACUCCUCCCCCGCCUCCGCUGCUGCCGCUGCCGCCGCCGCCGCUGCCGCUGCAGCCACUUCUGCCGAAGGUGCCUUUGGUGCCACACCCAGCAGCACUGCUGCUGCUUCUGCGGCUACUGCUGCUGGUUCUCCUGAUGCUGCUGCUGGGGGCCCUCCUGGGGUGCUGGCGACGUGCACCGGUGGUGGGGGAGGUGGCAAGGCGGGGGGGAGUGCGGACGACUUGACCAAGGGGCCGUAUGCGUGGCGGCCUGAGUGGGCUGCUGCUAUGAGGCACAUCGCUGCUCAUACUCCUCCGCUGGCAGUCGGUGCCUUCUCUCGCCUGGACGAUGAACUCGAGCUCGCUGCGCUGCACCGCCCCGGCAGCCAGAGGGGCAGCGGCAACGAGCAGGCGGCUGCCCGGCAGCGCCAGGUGCUGGGCGCGGCCGUGGGUUCAAGACUAGAUGCGAGCGUCAUCAGCAGCAUCACUGGAGUGAAGGCGACGAACCUGCUGUCCAUCGUGCUGCUCGAGUCUCUCCGUGUGUCUGCUUCCUCCGCCCUCGUCCCCGUCCCCGACACCACCCCCCACUCGCCCUCCCUUGGAGAGGAGACCAGUCAAGUAGCAGCAGCAGGAGAAGCAGCAGGGGUGGCGGCGGCGCGGCAGCGGUGGGAGGAGGGGAGUGAGAACCGCAGUGCAGUGACGUGUCUGCUGGAGUAUAUUCAGAUGCCCAACCCCUGCGCUGCUGUGCGCCACUGCCUCUCUGCCGUCGUGCUCCGCGCCUUUGACGCCCUUCUCCUCGCCCUGGAGCACGAGCCCAGCGACACUGUGAGGCAGGCAGCCCUCUCAGCACAUGCAUGCGCGCUGCUCGACGCGCUGUGGGACGGCCAGGAGUUUGUGCGCGACACAGCGCGCACCAUGCUGAGCCUGCUGCGCAAGGCCUUCCCGCACCUCCUCUGGCACCCGCGCUGCAUCCGCUCCCUCCUGCGCUUCCACCCGCCUCAGCAAAUGCUCGCCUCGGUCGGAGAGGCUGCAGCAGAGGCAGCGGCAGGGGUGGGAGGGGGAGCGGGGGGAGCAGACGGAGAGGAGGAGAUAGCGGAGGUGGCGUGGGAUCCGGAGGCGGCUGCUGCUGCUGAGAGCCUGGCCAUGGAUGUUGCUAAGGACUGGCUUGCCACGGCGUUUCUCCUUGCGCCACUUGUCACGCAGGCAUUGGUGGAGGAGGUGCUGCGGGGUGGGGACUCGGACCCAGAGUCAGUGGCGGGGCUGCUCAGUGUGCUGGCAGACAUCAAGCACCGGCCCCGAGGGUCAGCAGCAGACAGCACGCGGUCGCCCUUCACCCUGGCAGCACAGGCCACAGUGGCCGCAUCCCUCAAAGCCCACAGCAUGGGGCAGGUCGCCGGGCUGCUCUCAGCCCUCUCCUUGCUCCCUGCUGCCUCAACCGGCAUAGCAGGCACAGCAGGCACAGCAACAGUCACCUUUGGCACAGCAGGCUCGGAGACUCACCCUCCUUACAAGCACGGCGCCGGCAUAGCAGUUGGGUCACACUCCGCUCCGCAUGCAGCAGCCAAGCCGGACCCCCAUGUGACUCUACUGCAGGCGGCUGUGACUCAAAUGGAGGGGCUUGUAGAGGGCGGGGGCGGGGGAGGGGAGAUGGGGCAGGGGGUGGUGUCGUGGGGGCACAUGGGGGGGGAGGAGGGGCGGAGGAAGGAGAAGGAGAGAGCCACAUCUGUGGCAGCAGAUGCAGAGAAAGUGCGGGACCGAUGCCUGUGGGCAGUGGCUGCUCUGGUGCUGGUGGAAGAGCAGCAGAAAGGCCAUCAGAGAGGGCAGCAGAAGGGGCAGCAGAGGGGGCAGGGCAGGAGGCGUGCCUCUCCCCAUCAGUCAGCUCUCGAGCUCCGUCUAAUCCAUCUCCUCGCCCGCACGCCCCUCCCGGCGUGGGGGGAGACGAUUUCGGGGCGUCGGGGGGUGUUUAGAGCGUUGGUGGGGGAUGAGGAGGGGCCGCGGGGGUGGCUACGGCCGCUGGUGGUGGGGGGGGUGCCGGAGGGGUUUUCGGACCACAAGGGGGAGGAGGCGCAGGCACUGGAGGAGCUGGGCGCACAUGCUGCUUGGAUCACCUUUGUCUCUGACUGUGCCGAGAUGUACGGGCGGGGCAGUGAGAGCCAGGCAGCGGCCAUCGAGCGCCUGCUGCUCGCCUCUCUCUCGGACAUCACCCGCCUCUCCCGCCACCCUGCCGCCCGCGCGCCCCUCUUUGACCUCUUCCGCCUCGCCCUCUCCUUCGCUCGCACCCGCCUCCUCGUCGCCACCAACCCUGCUCGCAUCGCUGCAGCAGCAGGGGCGUCAGGGGCAGUGGCAACGUCUUUGGCAGCAGCAGCGGCAGUGGCGGAUGUGAGCCGGUCUGAUGCUGCCACGUCGCCUCACGUGUUCUCGGCACGGUUGCUACGGGACCGAGCGCACAGGGCGGUGCUGAAGUGGUUCAGUGUGGACGCGGGGUACUUUGACGGGUGGCCCAGUGCGCACAGGAGGCAGGCGGCCCUGGAGGAGAUGGCAGUCAUGGACGCCUUCAGCAAGGCGCUCGCCGAUGAUGACACCAUGGAGGACGCCUUCUGGCCGCCUCCUGUUGGUGCUGCAGCUACUGCUGCGCUCUCCCCUGCGUCCCACCAGCAGCGCCAUCCAGUGUGGGGGGCAUUCUUCUCGCCGCACCGCUCGCAGGAGAGGCAGCAGCGGCGCCGCCUGCUGGCGCUGCUCACCGCGCACGAGGCAGAGUGCUCCGCUACUUGGGCCUUCCCCCUCGGUGUCGCACCGGACGCGUCACGCACGGCAGCUUCAGCGGCAGCCACGGACAUCCAGCGCAGCAGGGCGCGGGUCACGGCGUCGCUCUCGCCCAAUGACGUGCCGCCACUUGUGCGUGCCGCACGGGCUGUCGACCCGCGAGUGGCAGUGUGCUUGGUGCAGCGCUUCCCGUCAGUGAAGGGCAUUCAGGACGACGUGGGGACGCUCAUUCGGUCCAUGCCGCUUCUAGUCCGAUCCUUACCCGAGGCUCUCCGGUGGGUGGUGACGCCAGCAGCAGUGCAGCAGGACUCGCCGCUCCUGCGCCUGCCUCUGCCCUACUGGGCGCCAUGCUCCGUGGCAGCCGUGCUCAACCUGCUGCUGCCCGCCUUCAAGGGCCAUCCACGCGUCAUGGCGUAUGCAUUCAGGGUGCUGGAGGCGUACCCCCCGCCCACUGUCACAUUCUUCAUGCCACAGCUCGUGCAGGCACUCAGAUACGACCAUGAUGGGCUGGUGGAGUCCUACCUGCUGCGAGCUGCCCUGCGCAACAUCAUCUUCGCGCACAUCCUCAUCUGGCAACUGCAGGGCGAGGAGGCGGAUCCCGAGGGGCAGCAGCCACCAGCUCUUGAAUCCUCCAACGGCACAGCAGCAGAGGGAGGCGCAUCUGGGGAAGGUGCAACCGCAACAACGGCAGCGACGAACAUUCUAUGGACGAUAGUCCCGCGCGUGCGGCAGCGCAUCAUCGACAGCUUCAAUGCCGAGCAGCGGGCCGCCUUCGACCGCGAGUUCUCCUUCUUUGAUGCCGUCACCUCCAUCUCGGGGACGCUCCGACCCGUGCCCAAGGAGAAACGUCGGGCUGCCAUCCAGCCCGAGCUGGAGAAGAUAAAGCUCCCGGGAGACGAUGUGUAUCUGCCCACGGAUCCCAACAUGCUUGUGCGCAGCAUCGUGCUGGACAGUGGCAUUCCCCUGCAGUCCGCCAAAAAGGUGCCCAUCCUGAUCUCAUUCAUGGUGGUGCGCAAGGAUGAAGACGGGGUGGUGGACGAGCACAAGCCCGUCAAGCAGGGAUGCAUCUUCAAGGUGGGGGAUGACUGCAGACAGGACGUGCUGGCUCUACAGGUCAUCGCCCUGCUGAGAGACAUCAACAAAGCGGUGGGCCUGGACUUGUACCUGUUCCCGUACGGCGUGCUCCCCACGGGGUACGAGCGCGGAAUCAUUCAAGUCGUCCCCAACACGCGCAGCCGCAACCAGAUGGGCGACGUCACGGACGGCGGCCUCUUUGACAUCUUCCAGAACGAGUUUGGCGCCAUCGGCUCCGCUGGGUUCGAGCGCGCGCGGCAUAAUUUUAUCGUCAGUAGUGCGGCGUAUGCUGUGGCGAGUCUGCUGCUGCAGCCCAAGGACCGGCACAACGGGAACCUGCUUGUGGAUAAUGAUGGCCGCCUGGUGCACAUUGACUUUGGAUUCAUCCUGGAGACGUCGCCAGCUGGCAACCUGCGAUUCGAGAGUGCGCAGUUCAAGCUGAGCCACGAGAUGACUCAGAUCCUCGACCCCUCGGGCGACCUCAAGAGCGAGCCCUGGCACCGCUUCGUUGGUCUGUGUGUGAAGGGCUACCUGGCAGCACGGCGGCAUCAGGACGCCAUUCUGAACACGGUGCAGCUGAUGCUGGAUAGCGGCCUGCCCUGCUUCUCACGCGGCGAUGCUGUUGGCAACCUGAGGAAGCGGUUCCACCCGGAGAUGGGCGAGCGGGAGGCGGCAAGCUUCAUGAUUGCCACUUGCGUGGAUGCGUACAACAAAUGGACGACUGCUGGAUAUGAUUUGAUCCAGUACAUGCAGCAAGGCAUUCAGAACUACAUGGCAUCGCUAGAGUCACGACCGUUUGUGACAAAGGGGAUCACGGCCGGCCUGUUGAACGCACUUGCAGACCUUUUUUGCCAGCUUGUGGUGGAAAAGAACCCAUCCAUUGAUGUCCGACGGCUGGGAGGCUUCGCUGCCAUUGGACUAUUCAUUGUCGGCCCCGCUUUGCACAUCUGGUAUGGCCUGCUUGGAAAGUUUAUUCAAAUUGAGGGUUUCAAAGGAGUUCUUGCUCGAUUGCUCAUUGACCAGGUGAUAUUCUCCCCUCUUUCGAUUGCCACAUUUGUGGGGCUGGUGAUGCUGCUGGAGGGCAAGCCAGAGCGCAUUGUUCCUAAGCUGGAGAAGGAUUUUGUGCCAACGUGCAUCAACAUGUGGAAGCUCUGGGUGCCGUUCCAGCUGUUUAACUUUGCCCUUGUGCCUCCACAAUUACAGGUUGGUGCUGUGAAUCUAGUGAUGUCGUUAUUGGAAGACGCCAAAGCAGGCCGCCCGCUAAUAGCCCCCGGAGGCCCCAACUCUCACAGCGCAAGCGGAAGCCUCUCCCCGCUCUCCCCCACAAGCGCGUCGUCGCUCUUCGGCGCAACCCCCCCGCUCUCCCCGCGGAGCGACAAGCCGAUGUCGCCCAAGUCGCCGCUGCGUCGCCAGGCGUCGGGGCUGAGCCACGCUGGGUCGCCCGUGAAGCCGCACGCGAACCGAAGCUUCGAGGCGAUUCCGCAGUUCUACUUCCCGAACGGCCCGCCAGCGACGGAGGACGUGGCGAAGCAGUGCAUGGUGAAGAUUCAUCAAUUCUUCCACGAACACCCCGAGGGGCUCAACGCCGAAGCGUUCAUGGCGGUGACACAGGAGGUGUGCAACCUGCCGUCCUACUUCAACUCGGUCAUCUUCCAACGCAUUGACUCCGAGUCCACUGGCCUCAUCACCAAGGACACGUUCAUGCGGUUCUGGGUAGACCGGCGGUUGCUGGCAGCGGAUAUGGCGACUCAAAUCUUCCACGUGCUCAAGCAGGACCACCAGAACUACCUCGUGCAGGUACUACCUCGUGAGGACCACCAGAACUACCUCGUGCAGGACGACUUCAAGCCCAUAAUGCGCGAGUUGCUCAACCGCCACCCAGGUCUCGAGUUCCUGCACGACACACCCGAGUUCCAAGAACGAUACGCGGAGACGGUGAUCUAUCGCAUAUUCUACCACAUCAGCCGGUCGGGCAACGGGCGCAUCUCACUGAGGGAGCUCAAGAAGAGCAACCUCAUGCAGGCGCUGCAGCAGGUGGAGGAGGAGGAGGACAUCAAUAAAGUGCUCAACAUUUCUACUUGGUGUACUGCAAGCGCUCUUUCUCAAGUACCUCCCCCUCCUCCCCCCCCCUUCUUCCUCUAUAGGUACUUCUCAUACGAGCACUUCCACAUGCUGUACUGCAAGCUCUCUUUCUCAAGUACCUCUCUCCCUCCCCCUCGUUGCAGGUACUUCUCGUACGAGCAUUUCUACGUGGUGUACUGCAAGUUCUGGGAGCUGGAUUCGGAUCACGACUUCCUCAUAGACAAGGACGACCUGCUGCGCUACGGCAACCACGCGCUCACCUACCGCAUCGUCGAACGCAUCUUUGCCCAGGUGCCCCGGCCGUUCACGAGUGGAGUGGAGGGCAAGAUGGGGUACGAGGACUUUGUGUGGUUCAUCUUGUCAGAAGAGGAUAAGUCGUCUGAACCCAGCCUCGAGUACUGGUUCCGGUGUGUGGAUCUGGACGGGGACGAGCGCAUCACAGCCCCGGAGAUGCAGUAUUUCUACGAGGAGCAGCUGCACCGCAUGGAGUGCAUGGCUCAGGAGCCUGUGCUCUUUGAAGACGUCGUCUGCCAAAUGGCCGACAUGAUCAAACCCGCGGUGAGCAUGAGGAAGGGGGGAGGGUGGGAGGGAAUGCUGCUGCACCGCAUGGAGUGCAUGGCUCAGGAGCCCGUGCUCUUUGAAGACGUUGUCUGCCCAAUGGCCGACAUGAUCAAACCCGCGGUGAGCAGGGGGGGAAGUUGA